CAAAUGGCAAAGAGAAACGAUUUGAAUUUUGAGCACGACAGUACUGCAAUGCACGUCUUGCGGCAUUGCACGCAAAGAGAAGAAACAAGAGGGAAAGAAUUCGUCUGUUCUUGUUCUUCACUGUCAAUGGAAGGGUUGAACAAUCUUUUUCUAUUGUAUUAUUUGCAAAUUCUACGCCUCUUCAACUGUUCAAAUCCAAUUUCUGUUUUCAUCUUUCACAAGAGAAGAAGAGAAAAGCUCUGGCAACCUAGCCACUCUGUCAAUCCCCAAACAUGGUUGGUCCUUCGCAUUUCUAGGACCUCAUCACUACCCACUUCAACUCUCUCUCCCCCUUUGCCAAAUCACAUUCAGUUUCAAUAUUCCCCAUUCCCCUUUCCAUUUUUCUCUUUUUGUUUCUCUUUCUAUUUUUCCUCCUGCAUUUUCCUUCUCUCUCUUAUUUCCUCAACGAUUGGGAUAUUAAUUCUUGUCUUGUUAUCUUAUUAUUUCUUUUUUCCGAGGGGAAACAUGAAAAGUUCUUGACCCAGAAACUUUUUCUGGGUUUUUCUGAUCCGAGAAGAGGAUUUCUGAUCUGGGUUUUUGUUUACUUCUGCUAUCUCUACAAUCGGUGGGUUCGGUUCAUUGUUGUUUCUUCUGCAUUCAGGGUGUGAUUUUCUCUUCCCAUAUGCUUGGCAUUUAAAUUUCUAGAAAUAUUUGUAAGGAAUUCUUGUAUUUAUGUUUGGUUUAAUCUGGAAUUUGUUAGAAUUGAUGCCAAGGUAUUGAGUAUAUUUGAGUGUUGAAGAAACAGGAAAUUGAUGAAACGGGUAUAAAUGUUUUGACAGAGAGGGGAAACUUUGGGGUUUCCCACGAGAAUGCAGGUUUAUCAAUGGUAGAAAACGUUGCUGAAUAAACGUGAGGAAAUAGAGAGGAAAAUUUGAGGGAGUAUGGGCUGCAUUUGCUCAAGAGAUUCCUCAGAACCAGAGGAUAGCAACCACAAAGAGUCUGAAAAAGAUUUGAACAAAUCUUCAGUCCAGUUGGUUGCCCCUUCUCCCUCAAAAAGAGAGGAUAUGAUGUUAGAGAUUCAGUUGUCAAGGCAGGCAUCUAAAGCAAAUGGGGGUUCUGUUCAUAAAGCAAAGGCCAAUGGAGGUUCUGUCCAUCGAGCAAAGGAAGAUGAUGAAUCUGAGAAUAAAUCCAUAAAGGCUGCAAAAGCAAAUAAUGAUAAUGCUUCAGCAGGUGGAAAACAGCCUGACAUUUUUAGGUUAGCUAGCUUGUCUAAAGGGGCCGAAGCCGAACUUGUCAUGGCUGGAUGGCCUUCAUGGUUAGCUUCCGUUGCUGGAGAAGCCAUCAAAGGGUGGGUACCUCGGCGGGCUGACUCCUUUGAAAAGUUAGACAAAAUUGGACAGGGAACUUAUAGCAGUGUAUAUAAAGCCCGGGACCUUGAAACUGGUAAAAUCGUGGCAUUGAAAAAAGUGAGAUUUGUAAAUAUGGAUCCGGAAAGUGUCCGUUUUAUGGCUAGGGAAAUCUAUAUUUUGCGCAAACUUGAUCAUCCAAAUGUUAUGAAGCUUGAGAGUUUAGUCACUUCCAGAAUGUCGGGCAGCUUAUACCUUGUUUUUGAGUACAUGGAGCAUGACCUUGCUGGCCUUGCAGCAGCUCCUGGACAUAAGUUUACGGAGGCUCAGAUUAAAUGUUAUGUGCAACAAUUGCUGCACGGACUCGAACACUGUCAUAGUCGGGGAAUUCUGCACCGGGAUAUCAAAGGUUCAAAUCUUCUUGUUGACAAUAAUGGCGUGCUCAAGAUUGGAGACUUUGGUCUUGCUACCUUUUUUCAGCCUGAUAAAAAGCAGCCAUUGACAAGUCGGGUUGUGACAUUGUGGUACAGGGCACCCGAGCUUUUACUUGGUGCUACCCAAUAUGGACCUGCCAUAGAUCUCUGGAGCUGUGGUUGUAUUGUUGCUGAAUUAUUUGCUGGAAAACCUAUUAUGCCAGGAAGAACAGAGGUGGAACAAAUGCACAAGAUUUUUAAGCUCUGUGGUUCACCAUCUGAGGAGUUCUGGCAGAGAACAAAGUUGCCACAUGCAACCAGCUUCAAACCUCAACACCGUUAUAAAAGCUGCCUUUCUGAGACAUUUAAAAGUUUCCCUCCUUCAGCUCUGGCUCUUGUUAAUAAACUACUUGCUAUUGAGCCAGAGCACAGAGGAUCAGCUACUUUAGCCCUCAGAAGUGAGUUUUUCAGAACAGAACCUCUCCCUUGUGACCCAUCAAGCUUACCAAAAUAUCCUCCGAGCAAAGAAUUCGAUGCCAAGCUGCGGAAUGAAGAAGAGAGAAAGAAAAAAGCAGAAGCUGUGAAGGGACGUCAUCCUGAAUCAGUAAGAAGGGGCUCAAGAGACACCAAGGCAGUUCCUACGCCCGAAUUCAAUACUCAAGGAGAUAUUACUAUAAAGGCACACCCGAUCUCGAAAAAAACGAGUGCGAAAUAUAACCCUCACGAGGACAAUGAGCCUCCGAGAGUUGCACAGAAUCGAUACAACCACUCAACAUCUAUGGUGCACCCGAGCAUUGCAGAUUUAUGGGGUAAGCCUACCGGAGCCUCGAGAAAUUGUGCAGAGUCAAAGACACAGAAAUCUCAGAUGCGUCAGUCAGUGGGAGAUUUAUCAACCUCUUCUCUCAAGAAGGAAGACUUGGUGUCUACUAAAGAUUCUGGAAUGGGUUAUGUUCAAAAGAAGAACAGAAUACACUACUCAGGACCGUUGGUGCCUACAGGGGGAACCAUUGAGGACAUGCUGAAGGAGCACGAGAGACAAAUUCAGCAGGCUUUUCGAAAGGCACGACUCGACAAAGCGAAGACGAACAAAAGCUUUAGUGAUCAGCUUUGAAAUGAAUCCGAUAAUUCUCAGGAUCAAAGACUAACUUUGGUAACAUCAAAGGUAGAAGAUGGUUCUGCUCUCAAACUGAAUGCUGCAACUGUCUGCAAAGAACCACAAAAACCUUGACCGAUAUGAUAUUGAUAUUAGUGUUGUAUAUAAACAACAAUAAGGAUUGAUAAUUAAAUCUACCCCAGGGAGUUUACAGUCUUUU